CCCACCUCCCCAGGCGCUCGCAGCCCCUCUCUAACAGGUGGCUCGGUGCCUGCCCCGCUCCCCGGCGGCUCCUGCGCCUCUCUCCUUCUCCUCGCCGCCGCCUAACAGGUGGUGGUGCCGCCGCCGCGCCUUCCUCCGUCCAGCGGGCAUGGGGAACCAGGUGGAGAAGCUGACCCAUCUCAACUACAAGGAAGUUCCCACGGCCGACCCGACAGGUAUGGACAGAGAUGAAGGGCCCAGGAUCGGGGUCUCCUACAUCUUUUCGAAUGACGAUGAUGAGCUGGAGCAGCAGCAGGAUUCGGUGCAUGACCUGGGGGGUGAGAACCCUGCCCUGCAGCCCUACGAUCCCCAGCUGCACGAGGUGGAGUGCUCAGUCUAUUACCGGGAUGAGUGUAUUUACCAGAAGAGCUUUUCAGAGGAGGACACGCAGCUAGAGGAGGGUGAUGAAGGUGGUGGGGGGCAUCUGAGCACCUACACCCCGGAGAACCUGCUGAAUAGGUGUAAGCCAGGUGACCUGGUGGAGUUCGUGUGCCAAGCCCAGUAUCCGCACUGGGUGGUCUAUGUGGGGGAUUUCCAAGUUGUGCACCUCCAUCGGCUGGAGGUGGUGAACAGCUUCCUGACCGAUGCCAGCCAGGGCAGACGCGGCCGCAUUGCCAACCAGCUGUACCGCUACAAACCCCUCAGCCCGGCCGUGGUGGUGCGCAAUGCCCUGGAGCAGGUGGGCUGCAAGGACCGGGACUUGAGCUGGAGAAACUCGGAGUGUUUUGCUGCCUGGUGCCGAUACGGCAAGCGAGAGUUUAAAAUCGGCGGGGAGCUGCGCAUCGGCAAGCAGCCCUACCGAUUGCAGAUCCGGCUGGGGGACAAGCGCAGCCACACGCUGGAGUUUCAGAGCCUGGAGGAUCUGAUCAUGGAGAAGAGGAGGAAUGACCAGAUUGGUAGGGCUGCUGUGAUCCAGGAGCUUUCCAGCCACCUGCAGGCUGCAGAGGAGGAGGAAGAGGAGGAGGAAGACCAUCAUCAUCCAGGUGCUCAGACUGCUGUGGAGUAGCAGCCUCAGCACCACCAUUCUGCUUAGCCUGGGUGAUGGGGAUUAAAACUGAAGGCUUCGAAAUUGAGCUGUUAUAAGCCCUUUGGGCUGCUUCGGUGCAGCUUCAUUCCAAUCACAUGUGAAAGGAAGGGGGAAAGCUGCUUAAGUGUCUGUGCUUUAGUGCUUAACUCCUUCAGUGCUUGAUGAUAAAACCCCUGACUUAUUUGUAGAGGAUAAAACUCAGGGCAAUUCUACCCCUCUCCUCUCAUACUUCUUUCCCUUCCUCUCUGCCAUAUUCACACAUAGCCUUUUCCUCAACCAUCUGCCAGUAGGCCUGACCCUACAAGAUGCUAAAUGCCUUUGACACCUACUUAUCAGCAGAAGUUAAUAGUAUUUAAUGCCAUUAAGAAGUAGCCAACGACUUCCAGGACAUGACCAUGUAGCUCUGAACAUGAGGAUAUUGUUUUCCCUUCUCUGCUACUGUUUCUCUUCAGCUGUGGCUGCUGUUGGUAUUGCAAGGAGCUGCUUCUCGCCUGGUUGAAGGCUUUGUGGGUUUGGUAACCAGCUCCCCAGAAGGUGUAAGGCAGAAAUCUCCACUGAUUUUAAUGAAAUGGGUUUGAUGUGCCUGGUGCCUUCUUAAUUGAUGGGAGGUUGCAGGUGGGCUGGGGGACCUUCUCCUUUGCCGUCAGCAUGUGGUUUUGGGGACAUAAAAUAUAUUUGUUGCCAACAGGUGUCAGGGAAGGAAGUUUGCCAGCCCAGUUGUACUCUGCUCACUGGUGUGUGUUGGGACUCCUACAGGCAGAUGCUGAGCUGUGUCAGGGCUCAUUACAGGCUGCCUUGGCUUCUCCUAAAGCAAGUGGCAGAGCUCCUGAUUAUGUCUGUAAUGCACACAGAAGCAGUAGAGGCAGGUUGCUUAUGUGUAAGAGUAUGUCUUGAGUAAGCUGUCCCUCAAGAGGGUGACCUCUUGGCUGGGUGCUUCUGGCUGUGAAGCGUGCCACAGGUUCUGCCCCACAGUGAACGCAGCUGUGAUGGAAGGGAGCGCAGGCUGGAAGACAUUACAGGACUGCAAGGGCUUGGGUGUUCCAAAGCAGUUUCCUCUUCAUUAGGGAUUUCGUAUUUCUUGGUUUUUUGUUUUUUUUUGCUAAUUUCGAUGGUAUGCAGCUGAGCUAUAGCAUUAGAGGGGAGGACAUACCUCCAAAGUUGUGCAAGUCCUUCAGGAAGGGGGAGUGCAGUGCUGCCUGCCCUGAAUAUUCCCUGAACUUUUAUUCAGCUGUUGAACUGAUCUCUCACACAGGCAGCCCUAUCAGAUCUUUGUCCUGGGAUCUGGGGUGUGUGAACAAGCACUGAUUUGGAGGCAGUUUCUAAUUGAAAAUUCCUUCCCCUUAAAACCCAAUAUGAUGAUGUGAACUUGAAGAUAAGCUUGAGUUCAUUUAAGUAAUGGAAACUAACAGUGUGAUGUAAACUUGAAGCAUAAUUAAUAUGGUCUUCCCCGAAGCUGUUUACAGUUAUACCACAAAUAGCAAAGUACUCCAUGUCCUUUCCACCUCUGUGACAGGAGCAAAGUUUGUUGUUUAAGAAUAAGUAGGUACAAGCUUUUGAUUAGUUAACACUAUAUGAAGCAACAUUGCCAAUUUGAGCCAAGUGGAUUGUGGUGUCAUGUUUUCUGCCUAAAAUCUACAAGCUAAGAUUUGGCCUGUGAAACACAAAUCCAGGGGAGAGUUUAAUAGCAAGCUCCCUUAGAAUGCUAUAGCUCAGGUGCCUGCACUAAGUGUGGCUUUUUCCACCAAUAUGCAAUUGAGUUAUACUCAGGUUACUGUGGUUGUCAAGCAGAUGUCUAACCUUGUUGUGAAAGCAUAUCUACCCAUAUCUGAUCGUGAUAGGGUUAAUAUGUGGAUGUCUGCACACAGGUUUUGUACAACUACUAGUAACUACUGAAAGCUGGAAUGAUCACUGAGACAGUCUGAAAAAGAGUGAAGGAGAGUCUGUCUGUUGUACUUCUGACUGAUAUGAGACAACAGAUUAUCUAGACCAUGAGCGAAUGUCUAGCUGUGGUUUCUUUCAUACUGAAACCUUGUACAUAACAAAGUUUAUUUCACUGUGUAAUAUAGCUAUGUAAAAUAAUAUUUUCCUAGAGAUAUUUUUGGAAGUUUAAAAAAAAACCUUCAUAACCUUGCAUUUGAAAGUAAAUUGUUAUGCACGUUAUUUUCCAGUUCUCUGAAUGGGUUUAUUUUUCAUUCAUGAUCUAAAGUAUAUUCUAGGUCAUAAAAUAUUGAAACUGGUAUAAAUGUCAAAUAUUAUGUAUCUACAGGGUACUAAACAGUAAACUAGUUGUGAAAAUA